CCGUAACGUCUUUAUUAGGAAUCAUAACAUAAUCUACUACGGCAUAUAAAGUAGCUUAUACAUGAGUUUGAUCAUAAUAUUUCUUAUUAUAAUUCUGAGAUUUUUCUAUCUGGUUACUUGCAUUGAUAACAUUUUUUUCAAAAUCUUCAGGGACAUCCUAUUUUAAAGAGGAUAAAAAUAGCUUUAAGGGGUCACUAAUUUUUCCGACCUGAUUUUUUUCAAAUAAAAGUUUAGAAGAUGUUUCCUUCGUGGAACUAUUAAAAGUAUUGUUCAAUGCAAACUCAACAUCACUAAUGACAUUAAACCAUUUUUUUGAUAAAUCAGAUAAUUUGGCAAACAUGGGAAUUAUAGUACGAUUGAACCUUUCUACUUGACCAUUGUCCCUUGGUACUCCUAAGGGAUGGCCGAAAAUACAAAAUAAAUUGCCUGAAUGACCCUAAAACUUUAUUUCACUAAACAUAAAACAUAAAUCACGUCGCUCUAUCAGUACGACCAUGAUGAUAAUCAUAAAAUCUAACCUAAUCACUGUUCUUUUUUUUUCCUGUCAUUAUAUGGUCUUUUAUAUAUUAUUAAAUACAUGGCCUCUUACAUGUAUGGCUGGCGACAUACCCUUACAUUAUAAACAAAUAAACUUGUUUAAAAUAAUCAAACACAACAAUACGUUGAAAAGUAACAGGACGUUGAAUUUUCAAAAUUAUGAAAAAUUUGUGUUAAUAAUAAUAAUCUUUAUUUUCCAAUAUAUUAAACAAGAACAUAUAGGAAUCGUCAGAACAAAACAUAUUAGGAACCUUAAAAUAAAAAUAAUAUUUAAAUAGAACUUAACUCAUUUCCAAUUUUUAAAAGAGGCGACAAAACUAACGUUGGGAACUACCGUGGAAUUUCAUUUUUUUUCUUCAAUCCUGAAAGUUUUUAAAUCCAUACUGACAGAUUAAAUCUUUUACUCUUAUAAACACUAUAUUAUUCCCAAUCAACAUGGAUUCUAUAGAGGCAGAUCCAAAACUGCAAAUCUUGCAGUGUUCCAGGAAUUUCUCACUACCUGUAUUAAAGGGGGAAAUAGAUGUUAUUUAUGCAGAUCGGUCUAAAGCUUUCGAUAGAGUUUGUCAUUCUCUCUUGAUUGAGAAACUCGCCGAUAUUGGAAUAUCAGGAAGUUAUCUUAGUUGGAUCAAGUCCUACCUUACGAAUCGGCGACAAUGUAUUCUAAUUUGCGGGUCAAUAUCACGCGAAGUCAUUGUAACCUCGGGUGCUAUAUAGAGUUCGUAUUUUGGUCCUGUGUUAUUUAUAUUAUUUAUAAGCGACAUAUCUUCGUGUUUUAAGUAUUCACAUUUUUUCAUAUAUGAAGAUGAUAUAAAAAUAUUUCUGCCAGUGUCACUAGACAUUAAUUAUCUACAGUUGAUCUGAAUAGUUUUGUACCCUGGUGCGAAUCAAACCUUCUGCAACUAAACGUAUCAAAGUGCAAAUUGAUGGGAUUCUACAGAUGUACCAACCCCAGUUAGUGCAGGGCAUAGUGGCGCAUUUGUUUGCAAAAUUGUUUUAAUUCGUAAUUUUUUUUUAA